GUGGCUCAUAGACACAUAUUUGAGAGUCUGGCAUAGUGGUUUUUCAAAAGGAAAUUUGAGCUUGUGAGGUUAGCCACAGUUUACAGAGGGUUGAAAGUCUAGGUAGGCUUACUUAACUGUCAGCCCUCUCACCUUUUUCGAAGGACAUUUUCUGGAGCCUUCUUUGAAUAUUCAUCAAUGUCUGAAGAAAUUGUUUAUGCAAAUCUCAAAAUCCAGGACCCUGAUAAAAAAGAAGAAACCCAGAAGUCUGACAAAUGUGGGGGAAAAGUAUCCGCCGAUGCUUCCCAUUCACAGCAAAAAACAGUCUUGAUUCUGAUUCUUCUAUGCCUUCUGCUGUUCAUUGGAAUGGGGGUCUUAGGAGGCAUCUUUUAUACAACUUUGGCAACAGAAAUGAUAAAAUCGAAUCAAUUGCAAAGGGCCAAGGAAGAACUUCAGGAAAAUGUUUCCCUACAGCUGAAGCACAAUCUCAACAGCUCCAAGAAAAUCAAGAACCUUUCUGCCAUGCUGCAAAGCACAGCCACCCAGCUGUGCCGAGAGCUGUAUAGCAAAGAACCAGAGCACAAAUGUAAACCAUGUCCAAAGGGUUCAGAAUGGUACAAGGACAGCUGUUAUUCUCAACUCAAUCAGUAUGGAACAUGGCAAGAGAGUGUCAUGGCCUGCUCUGCUCGGAAUGCCAGCCUCCUGAAGGUUAAGAACAAGGAUGUGCUGGAAUUUAUAAAGUACAAGAAGCUACGCUAUUUUUGGCUUGCAUUGUUGCCCAGAAAAGAUCGCACACAAUAUCCACUAAGUGAGAAGAUGUUCCUCUCUGAAGAGUCUGAAAGAAGCACAGAUGACAUAGAUAAGAAGUACUGCGGAUAUAUAGACAGGGUCAAUGUUUAUUAUACAUACUGCACUGAUGAGAACAAUAUCAUAUGUGAAGAGACAGCCAGCAAGGUGCAGUUGGAAAGUGUGUUGAAUGGCCUCCCAGAGGAUAGCAGGUAGCUACUCUGAGUUGCUUGUCCCUAGCUGCUCUCCUGCUGUGAUGGUUUGAAUGAGAAUGGCCCCCAAGGGCUCAUUUGAAUACUUGGUCCUCUGCUGGUGGAACUGUUUCAGAGACACCAGAAGGUGUGACCUUGUUAGAGGAGGUUGUGUCAUUGAGAGUGGGCUUUGCGUUUUCAAAAGCCCAUGCCAUUCCCAGUUAGUUCUCUAUCUUGUGCUUGUGGAUUGAGCUGUGAGCUCACAGCUACUGCUUAGGACCUUGUCUGCCUGCAUGCUGCUAUCCUCCUCACCACAAUGGUCAUGGACUCUAACCCUCCCAAACCAGGAGCCAAAUUAAAUGCUUCUUUUUAUAAGUAACCUUGGUCAAGGUGUUUUUGUCACAGCAAUUGAAAGGUUGCUAAGACAUCUGUCACUCAGAAGAACUGUAGGCAGUGUGCGUCUCCUCUCACACAAACACAGUAGCAGCAGUACAACUACAGUCCUGCCUCUCUGUAGUGUUUAUGUCUAGAUUUCUUUGUCUCAUUUGCUGACUGCCACGAUACUAAGUCAUAGCUUUUCACCAUGUAUUUUCAGCAUACAAUGCGCUGAACACAAGACCAUGCAGCCUAUUUCUUCUCUUUUUUUUUUCCCCAAAGAUAAACCAGGCAAAUUUCAACCUCAAAGAAAAUAAAGUCUGGAAAAAUAUAGAAAGCAUAGUACGAUAAGAACAAUUUGUAUUAAAGAUGUAUAAAUACUUUAAAAAGAUGUGAGGGAAAAUAAACUUUGCAAUUGACAUAGCGAAGCAUUUGAUGAGUACUUUAUACCCUGUCGUAAUAAAGCUUAAUAAACUAGGAGUAGAUUUCCCAAAUACAAUCAAGCUUUGACAUGAAAUAAACAGCAAGCAAAUGAACAAAACUCUGAAGUUUGAAUUAACAUCAUAGUUCUAGCAAGAGAAAACAUAUUCCUAGUUUUAGAAUAAGAUAAGAAUGAACGUUAUUAAAUCACUUCAUUCGUCAUUAUUAAUACGAAGAGCAGAACACCAAUGGAUGUUAAAAAAUGAAGCUGGGCAAAGAUCAGAAUUAGACCAAAGCUGGGAGGACAAUAGAUGGGAGUAUCUAUUGCUAACCCACCCUGGUUAGUGAGGCCAAGUGGACUGAAGAAAAUACCAGAGAUCCAUGUGGGGACACCAGGGGAUGCCACACAUUUGGGUUCAGGAGUAGAGCGAUCAAAGCACUUCUCAUUUGUAUUAUUAAAGCAAUCAAGAC